CCUUCCUCACUCAAUUUUUUUUUGGUUUCUCAAGCUAGGGCUAGGGUUUUAUCGAGAUUUUUCGUUCUAUCUCCAUCUCUGUUUAAACCCUCGAAGAAAAUGAAAUCUCUUCUUCUCUCUCGACAAGCGAUCCAUCGUAUUUCACUGUUAUCUUCAAAAACCCCCACUUUGUGUAGACACUUCUCCGCCAUUACAUCUUCGAUUUCUCACUCUGCUCGGCAUCUGAGAAGCUGUGACGAACUUACUCCAUCGAAAUAUAUCCAUAGACCCAUUUCACCAUUCAGUCGAUAUUUCCACUGUACUCGCGAGUCCCGACUCAGUGAGUUGAGUGCCUCCCAGAUUGACGACUCAAAUGACCAGGAAGAAGACGACGAGGACGAAGAUGGGACGACAAACGAAUUCCUCUCUAGAUUUGUUUGGAUAAUGCGUGGGAAAGUCUCAGAAGCUUACCCAGAUUGUGACAAGAAGAUGGUUGACGGUAUGCUUUUGCGUAUCGUCGAGAAAGUCGUGGAGGAGAUCCAAGGAAGCGGAUUCAACAAGGUUGGAUCAGCUCCACCUUCGCCGUCGUCGGAGUUCAGCGAUGAUCUAUGGAGUACAAUCUGGGAAGUUAGUAAUACAGUGUUGAAAGAUAUGGAGAAGGAGAGGAAGAAGGAGAAGAUGAAGCAAUACGUUCAAUCUCCUGAAGUGAUGGAGAUGUGUAGGUUUGCUGGAGAAAUCGGUAUCCGUGGGGAUUUGCUUAGAGAACUUAGAUUCAAAUGGGCACGAGAGAAAAUGGAAGACGCCGAGUUUUAUGAGAGCUUGGAACAGAUGCGCGAUUUGGAUAACUCAAUUGGGGAAUCCGAAACAGUAGAGGAAGAAGAAGAAGGGUCUGUUGCUUCUGAUGAAAUCCAACCUAGGAGUAUCUCUCUUCCUAAACGAAAGGGGAAGUUCAAGUACAAGAUCUACGGGCUUGAAUUAUCGGAUCCGAAAUGGGGUGAGAUAGCUGAUAAGAUUCACGAAGCUGAGGAAGAAGCUGAUUGGAGAGAGCCGAAACCUGUAACUGGAAAAUGCAAACUUGUUAUGGAGAAGCUUGAGUCUCUGCAGGAGGGAGAUGAUCCUUCAAGAUUGCUUGCUGAAUGGGUUGAGUUAUUGGAGCCUCAACGUGUGGACUGGAUUGCUUUACUUAAUCAGUUAAGAGAAGCAAACACCUACGUAUACUUAAAGGUGGCAGAACUUGUCCUGGAUGAGAAAUCGUUCAAGGCAAGUAUCUCGGACUACUCAAAACUCAUCCAUAUCCAUGCUAAAGAGAACCACACUGACGACGUUGAGAGGGUUUUAAAGAAAAUGUCUCAAAAUGGGAUCUUUCCUGACAUUUCAACCGCGACUGCUUUGAUUCAUAUGUACUGUAAAUCAGGCAACCUUGAGCGUGCAACCGAGGCAUUUGAAAGCUUGAAGAGCUAUGGUUUACGGCCAGACAAGAAGAUCUACACAUCCAUGAUCAUGGGCUACGUAAAUGCUGGCAAGCCUAAACUAAGUGAUAGGUUGAUGAGAGAUAUGGAAGCAAGAGACAUAAAGUGUUCAGAAGAAGUUUACAUAGCUCUGCUUCGAGCUUUUGCGCAAGUAGGAGACGCUCCUGGAGCUGCAGGGAUUUAUACUUCUAUGGAACAUUUUUUAAAGGAAUCACCGAGUUUCGAAGCACAAAGUUUACUUGUGGAAGCCUACGCGAAAGCAGGGAACGCGGAUCAAGCGAAGAACAGCAUGGAUCAAAUGAGAACGCGUGGGCAUAAACCCGAUGAUAAGUGCAUUUCAUUUGUGAUCCGAGCAUAUAAGGGAGGGAACUCAUUGGAUAAAGCGCUGAGACUUUUGUUGCAGCUUGAGAAAGAUGGGAUUGAAAUCGGUGUGAUCACUUACACAGUGCUUGUUAACUGGAUGGCUGAUCUCGGGCUCAUCGAGGAAGCUGAGCAGCUUCUGGUUAAGAUAUCUCAGCUAGGAGAGGCUCCACCAUUUGAGCUCCAGGUGAGCUUGUGCUGUAUGUAUUCUACUGCCGGGAACGAGAAGAAGACUCUACAAGCUCUUGGGGUUUUGGAAGCUAAGAAAGAACAGAUGGGACCCAACGAGUUUGAAAAAGUUAUAAAGGCAUUGAAAAAGGGUGGGUUUGAGAAAGAUGCGAGAAGAAUGUUUAAGCAUAUGGAAGCUCGAAAGUUUUUACCUUCAGAAAGAUUGAAGGUCGAUAUGGGUGCACCACCAUCUUUUGGGUCCGGGUAUAGUAGUCAUAGAUUGAGACGAUAAAAGACUCUCAAGUGGUAACAUCUUUUGAAACUUCAUCAUUCCGAGUUCAAUUUUCUGUGUCAACUCACAUUCCAGAGUUCAUGUUUCUUCCAUUGAUUAAACUGUAGCUGUGUUCUGUAAUAAUCUUGUUCUUUGGAGUUUUGGAAAUCGCUUCUUUUUAGCUGUGAGAUUUUUCUCUUUCGAUUUCCAUUCCCAACAAGUUCUCCAAGAAACAGCUCUUUUCUGAAAUCAAUUUUCUUCUAAUU